GAUGGAUGGUCCUGACCACAUACAACCAUGUCCCAGCAAGACUUAGACCUAAAUUGGUCGAUAUUGUGGGAUGCUACCACCUGUCUCACUUGUUAUUUUGCGACAGAGCUCAACAAUUGGUCGAUCAGACAUCCAUAUAUCGCAGCUGUAACUCUAAUAUACAUCUCUGGCACUCCUGAACUCCUCCUAACACCACUGCGGAUUGCGCGUUAUAUGUGCUUCCUCCCAUUUCGGUUAAUCCUUUGGCCGUUCAAACUCUUGACCAGAUGCAUCCUGUACAUCGUCGGUUUCAGAAGACAGGGUGUAGCAAAAGGUUCAUACGCAUCCCAAUACCAAUCCCGUCGUUAUGGUGGCUAUGUACCACCGCAAUCUACCUUUUCAAAAUUCCAGGCACAUGGGGCUACCGAUGAUUACGAAGACGAAGAUGAGCCAGAAUCAACGUUUGCGGCUCCUGUGUCUUUCAUGACGGGUAUUGGAGCCUGGUUUGUCUUAGGCAGGGCGUGGGGAUGGUGGUAUUGAUGCGACGAGCAGUAGUGUGGAUGUUCGAGAGGGAGUUGAGUCAGUACCAGCAACAUGGAAUACACUUGCGAUGCUCUAGAUAUUCAUUAAUACAACUUAUAAGUGUGACGUAUAUUCGUCUACUCAGUAGAACGAUGUGUUCCCGUCAAUUCGCUGUCAGCUUGAGCAGCCCCCGUCGAGUAUUGCCUGGUAUUGGUCGAAAACGAUAC